AGGGAGAAAAUGAAAGCAGGCUGCAGCAUUGUGGAUAAGCCAGAAGGAGCAGGAGGCUAUCACUUCCCAGAGUGGGCAUACAAAACUGAAUCGAGCCCCGGCUCCCGUCAGAUCCAGCUCUGGCACUUCAUCCUGGAGCUGCUGCAGAAGGAGGAGUUCCGCCAUGUCAUUGCCUGGCAGCAGGGCGAGUAUGGGGAGUUUGUGAUCAAGGACCCCGACGAGGUGGCGCGUCUGUGGGGCAGGAGGAAAUGCAAACCGCAAAUGAACUACGACAAGCUGAGCCGGGCCCUCAGAUAUUAUUAUAACAAGAGGAUUCUUCACAAGACAAAAGGCAAAAGGUUUACCUACAAGUUCAACUUCAACAAGCUGGUGAUGCCCAACUAUCCAUUUAUUAACAUACGGCCCAAUGGUGUCGUCCCACAGAGUGCCCCACCCGUCCCCACCGCUUCGUCCCGCUUCCAUUUCCCACCCUUGGACAGCCACUCUCCCACCGAGGACGCCCAGCCCAGCCGGUUCUCUGGUGGAUCCCUGGGGCCAGCCAGCCAGGAGCCUCUGAACGACAGCGGCGACAGGAAGCCUGACGUGCCGGAGUUGGAGGAUGUCUCCUCAGACUGGCGGCGUGGCGUGGAUCUCAUGGCUUCUCGGAAUGCCGUGGGCCCUGGGAGCAUGAAUAACCCGAAGCGCAAGCCGGAGGUCAUGCUGCCUCUCUUCACGAGGCCUGGGAUCUACCCGGAUCCUCACAGUCCUUUUGCCGUGUCCCCUCUUCCAGGACGUGGUGGGGUCUUAAAUGUCCCAAUCUCGCCUGCCUUGUCUCUGACUCCAACCCUCUUCUCCUACAGCCCCUCGCCAGGUCUCAGCCCCUUCACAGGUAGCAGCUGCUUCUCUUUCAACCCCGAGGAAAUGAAACACUACCUGCAUUCACAAGCCUGCUCGGUCUUCAACUACCACCUGAGCCCGCGGACUUUCCCCCGCUAUCCGGGGCUCAUGGUGCCACCACUACAGUGCCAGAUGCAUCCCGAAGAGCAGCCUCAGUUCCCGAUCAAGCUACAGCCUCCACCUGUGGGGCGUAAGAACAGAGAGAGACUGGAAAGCACUGAAGAGGCGACUGCCCCCCCGCUGGCUCCUGCUUCGCCCAGGGUUAAGGUUGAGCCCAUAGCGGACAAGGAGCUUGAGAAUGAAGAGCCACCAGCCAAAGGGAAGGACAAAAGUGAGGAGGAGGAGGAAGGGCCUGGCAUGGUAAUGCCAAACACCAGCCUGGAAGGAGAGAGAGGGGCUGUAUUUGCCAGGCCAGCUGCCCCGUCCUGGCCCUCCGCACCACCAGCACCUACCCGAAUAAACUUCCCCACUGAAGAAUCCCAGGGGCAAGGGGAAGGAGGUGGAGAGAAGCCAUCCAGAGAGCCAGUGGGAGACACCGGGGCGCAGGAAAAGAGAGAGGAUGCCCUGAUGCCACCAAAACUGCGUCUGAAACGUCGUUGGAACGGUGACCGGCAGGCUGAAGCCCCAGAGGAGCACCAGAACGGGAAGCUGCACUGGAAUGGCGUGCUCGGUGCCUCGCACCUCGUCCCACCACCCAAGGCAGUGACAGCCACGGCUGCAUCGGACACCUAG